AUGUCGACGCCCACCAACCCCGAAACCCCGGCCGUAGCCAACCCCGAAACCCCGACGCCCCCAAACCCCCCAACUCCGAUCACCCCCUCCGGUGCUGCUGCGUCCGUGGCCAAUGCCAUGGACACCACCCUCGUUCCUUCCGACGACCCAGCUCCGUCUGUCGAUGCCCCGGGCCUACCGGUUGACGCCCCUGUCCCGCCAAUUGACGCUCCUGCCCCGCCAGUCGACGCCCCUGCCCCUCCAAUGGAUGCUCCCGCCCCACCCAUUGACGCCCCUGUCCCACCCAUUGACGCCCCUGUCCCACCUCGUCCUCCUGUGGUGGCCCCCCCAGCGCUUCCCGACCUUUUCGACCUCCGUGCUCCUUACAUUGUCAACGUUCUGGAACGCCGCGACACCCCUGCCAACUGUGAAAUGGAAGACAGCCGCUCCAAGUACCAAUUCCGUAUCCUUCUCUCGGACGACACGGAACAAUGGAUCCGCAGCGGCCACCCUCAAAUAAAGAAGUACCCACGCCUCUUCAACAUCGUCCGCCGGUACUACAACAAGCUUGCCCGCGAUGCGGAACUGCGUGAGGAAUUCCCGGAUAACCAUAUCCCGCUGGUCUCGCUGGAACAAUUCAAGUCAGCGUGCCCGGAAUAUUCCAAGAAGAUUGCCGCGUCUGCCGACAUGGAUUGUGUCCUCAUAGCCGUCACCGCGGCCGCCAAGCAACUCAACCUGCCCCUGUCCUACUCCCACGAAGAACACGAAGCAUUCCUCGCCCAGCUCGGCUUUUCGGGCACCUAUGGCCUCCCAAUCGGCGCCCUCACCCGCUACAUGGAUUGGUUCAUGGCCCACGGACUCAAGAUUGACCGCAGCCUCUUCAAGAAGAACUGCCUUCAAGGAACGUCGGUGGGCUCCAACCCUGCUAUCUACGCCAUGGAAGUCAUG